AUGCAGUCGGAAUCGGGAAUUGUUCCCGACUUCGAAGAUGGAGAGGAUUUACACGAGGAACCCAAAACGUACUACGAGCUGAAGAGUCAGCCCUUGAAAAGAAAUAGUCAUCCAUCUGUAGAUCUCUGCAGUUCAUCCAGACCUCCACUCAGCUCCUCGGCUACAACUUCGCGCAUCCUUCUGCGUCAGCAGCUGAUGCGCGAACAGCUUCAGGAGCAGGAGCGGCGGGAACAGAGGCGGCAGCAGGAAUCCCAGUACCCGCAAACCACAGCCGCGCAGACCCCCGCCAUCAAUGUCAGCGUGUCCGCACCGGCCGCUGCCCAGGUGCCCAUGGAAGUACUGAAGGUGCAGACUCAUUUGGAGAACCCGACCAAGUACCACAUCCAGCGCUCCCAGCAGCAGCAGGUCAAACAGUACCUGGGAAAGCUUGGCUCACAGGUAUUGAGCUUGCCCUGCCCCAACCAGUCCUCUGACCACGGGGGCAUGCCGCCAGGGCCGGGCAACAGCGCCCCUAACAGCCCUAUGGCCUUACUGACCCUGAACUCGAACUGCGAGAAAGAGAUGGAUGAUGUCAUCGACGACAUUAUUAGUCUGGAGUCCAGUUACAGUGAUGAUAUCCUUGGCCUAAUGGAUCCAGGACUUCAAAUGGCUAACACGAUCCCGGUGCCUGCCAACCUCAUGGACAUGUAUGGAAAUCAGGGUAUGUCACAACAAGGACUGCCUAUCAGUAACUCCUGUCCUGCUAACUUGCCCAACAUCAAAAGGGAAUACUCAGCGUCACAAUCACCGUCCGUAAUGCACAUGUUGGAUAAGUCUGGGUCAUGUGGCAAAUUCGACAACUAUCAGAGGACCGAAGGGUUUCCUGUUGCCGAAGUAAGAGCUCUUGCAAAGGAGAGACAGAAGAAGGACAACCAUAACUUGAUUGAGAGAAGACGACGUUUUAACAUCAACGAUCGAAUUAAGGAACUGGGAACUUUAAUUCCAAAGUCAAAUGACCCGGACAUGCGCUGGAACAAGGGCACCAUCCUCAAGGCGUCCGUGGACUACAUCAGGAAGCUGCAACGCGAGCAACAAAGGGCCAAAGAGCUGGAGAACUGUCAAAGGAGGCUUGAAAAUGCCAAUCGACAUCUCAUGUUGAGGAUACAGGAGUUGGAAAUGCAGGCCCGCGCUCACGGCUUGGCCGUCACGUCGUCGGCCCUCUGCUCGGCUGACCUGGCGGGCCGUAGGAUUAAACAGGAGCCCCCUUUGGAGGACUGUCACCAGGACCUGUACGCACUCCACCCCCGCACGCAUCAGCAGCACCACCGCGCCUGCACCCCGGAGAACCCCGGCGUGGCGGAGCGAAACGAAGGUCACCACGAUUUCUCCGACGGUCACUACGUUCACGGCAGGCCGGCCUCCAAACUCAACGACAUCCUCAUGGAAGACAACGUGUCGCCCGUGCGAGGCGGGGACCCUUUGCUCUCCUCCGUUUCGCCGGACGCCUCCAAGGACAGCAGUCGGAAGAGCAGCGUAAGCAUGGAUGAGCACGAGCAGGGCUGUUAG